AUGUUUGGCAGUUCUAGGAGACACCGGCAGCAGGCCAGUCAGCCAUUGACUUCCGCGACAGCGAAUCCGAAUGCCGCCACCGCAGCAGCCUCAGCGUUCGCGCGACGCGCAUCCUCCCCGUCGCUCUCGUCCGCAGCCGCCGCCGCCGCACUCCGAGCGAGACCCACAACUCCCAUCAACGUCUCCGAAGUUCAGACGAAGCGGACCCAGAAGCGCAGCGCAUCCGUGUCGUCGCAGAGGAGCCAGGACACGCAGAGGAGUCUUCACAGGUCGCCUAGUCAGGGGUCUAUGACCGAGAGAUCCUUCCGCUCCCCGUCGCCGUCGCCACACCGGGCACCGGCGGUCCCGGAGGAUGCGCCUCCUGUCCCGACCAUACCGGACAAUAUGCGGUCAAAUGGAGGAACAACACCGCAUAAAAGAGCAACCAGCCUGCAAAUGCAGCCGUUCCGCGUCGCCAGUCAGAAAACGAAAGAAGGCGGCUCGUGGUUUGGCGCCGCAACCGAGGGUAACAUGGCCAACGUGAGGACAUCAGAUGUCCCGAUGCGCGUCGCCUCGCCCGAGUCUCGUCCGGGAGCUGUAAGCCCAACUUCUUCUGUCAACUAUUCCUAUCCGAGAGGCUUGCACGGCGCCUCACCCCCUGCAUCACCGACCGUCAAGAACAUGUCAAUGACAAUUAGCCAGCGACUUGCCUCGCCACGCCGAUCAGAAUCGGUCAAUUCCCGGUCGACGACCUCUGAACAAACGCUUGUGUAUGACCCUAAUUCGAGGAGGAUGGUUCCUAAGGUGGACCCGAUCAAACAGCAAAGCGUUCGCGAUGCUUCAGAGAAGUCGCCUAAGAAAAAGAAGCAACAGCAAGGGCUAGCCAGGAGCGGUUCGCACUUGGCCAAAGGCACGAUGGGUAGAGUUCAAGGUGCGGCUGUUGACACGAAUGACUCUGCCCAAAAACACCAACAACAGCAUCAAGGCCAAGCUCCCGCGAAUGCUCCGGAGCAAAAGACGCUUCGAACACAAUCCCCUGCCAAGACUCCACAGCCAGCUCGGGUGGCAUCGCCUGUAGAGGAGUCAAUACCAACAACCCAAGUGCAGCCUCCAGCACCAGUUUCGACUCUUGAACAGCGCACGUAUCAACCUGCGAGAACCAGUCCGGAAUCGAAUAGGCCGGUCCGUAGUCCUGAGCCUGAACCGCCAAUUGUGGAGGAAGCUCGAAAGAGCGACGAUGCUACUUUGCCCAGUUCUGAAGCUCGAAAAGGUGUCCCUGUUCUCACAAGGAAACCAUCGACAGUGCGUGAGGAAUCAGACGAGGACUUGGAUAGUUCGGAGGACGAGGGCGCUCAAGAGCCAGCUGCGCAACAAGAUGUUGCUAACGUGCUUGACGCAAUUCCUGUCAGGUCGUCCGCUCCUACAAAGCAACCAUCAUUGUCGACGGAGAGCACGGUGAUUGAGUCUCAAGUGUCGUCGUCUCAAAGGCAACCAAGUCCACCUGCGCAAAGACAACAUGAGACCGUAAGAAUCGUCCGUGCGCAUUCGAGCAGUCCUGCAAGAUCAGCACGCUUUGCACUCGGGGCAGAUCAACUGGCUGUCAGACACGAGCCACCUCCACGAUCGGUCUCGCCGCGAAAGUCCGCGUUGAAACACUCGACCAGUCCCUCACGGGGAGCGUCGCCUACUGAAGAGAGUUCCGAAGCGUCUGGUCCGAGUCGGUAUGGGAGCGAGGUCACGGCUGUAGAGGCGCCGGUAGGACGCAAGAAGAGUGUUCGCGUAAGCUUCGACGAUGAGAACUCAAAAGUCGUGGGUCAGUCUGCGGCCAAACCGGAUCUCGACUCGCCUGUUCCUCCCAGUCCCCAACAGACGAAGCGACACUGGUAUAGUCACCUGGGUCGCAACCGCAAGAAGGACAUUCUGCUUGAUGAUGAUGAGGUCAUGAAACCUCGUCCAGCAUUGCCUUCGUUCGGCAGCGUACGCGACAAGAAGCCGAGGGAGAGUGAGGAGCGACCUUUGGUUCGACCUAUCGAGCCUCCAUCUUCCCCGUCAGUGCACGACACCUCGACGAAUCUCGCAUCCUCAGAUACCGAAGAGUCAAGGGUCCCAGUCGGUCAAUCCAACGACCAUAAUGUCGGCGCGAUCCUCAACCAAGAUCAGACAGCUAGGAAUGCUGCAAACAUUUCGAGGUUUCGAGAACCGUUGCCUCCUGUGGUUACCUCUAUGGAAGGCAGUGGCUACUACUCUCUCAGCAGCUCAAGCUCCGAGGAUGAGGAAGAGCACGAAAUCGUUCAAGAGCCCGAGCCAACUCUUCCCCCUGAGCAAGUCAAAGAGGAAAUACUGGCUACUCACCCAGAGAUCGACGAUGAGUCGUCUGUUACUGCCGCGGACUCAGCACCGAUUCACAAGGAUGAGACUGGAAGCAGACAGGUAGACGAAGAUGUUCCUUCCAUCUCCGUCACUCAGCCCACUCCUACACCCAGGGACACACGCGCAAGCGGGUCGUCAAAGUACUACGACGCUGGGUACUUUGAUGUCCCUGGAGGCUUUCCGGAAGAUGAGAGCGACGAUAACAUGCCGCACUCUCAUGUUGAGCCUGAGGUGUCUGAAGUGACGAAGGUGCAACAUGAGCAGGCACCUGCGCCGAAGACCGAGCGAUCAAUCGCAUUCGCACCGUCCACGCAGAAGACUACGUACAAGCCCAUUGUGGAGGAGACUGAAUCAUCAGAAGGCGACAGCAUCUAUAGCGACGCAUACGAGGACCUCUCUGAAGCUGAUGGGGAUGGGUUCAUGUCUCUGGACGCUGUCAUCACAGCCCCGAUUCCCGAACAGGUCUCUCAGAAACUAUACGAAAAGGUUCUCGCGCCGCCUCAGGAGAUUUCUAAGGAUUCUGCUACCAGCCAAUACCAGUCUGGACGGACAUCUCCGCCAAUCCCGAAUCCGCACUUACCGGAAGACGAAUGGGAGAAAGCCAAGUUGUACUGGCGGGGACUGACCAGCGACAAACGCAAACAGCUCGAGCAAGAGGUGUUGGAAGAGGCCGGCGCGGAUGGAGACUUGGAAGAAGCCGUUCAACCAAAAAAGCUCAAGAGGAAAAAGUCAGUGCGCCGCGACGAGCCGACUGAGCAGCCACAGGCAACUCCUGAGCCUGACCGAGUCUAUCAAAUUCAACCAGGCACCAAAGCUGCCGACGAGCCAGAUGAAUCACCGUCGACGAUGAGAAAGACUCUCCGCGGACCACAGCCCCUGAAUCAGGAGUCUUCUGGCAAGCUACAGAAGACGAUGAGAGGGGCACAGGCGAACGGAGGAUCUGGUAUGCGGAAGACAUUGCGGUCUGAAACUCCAGCACCUAACCAAAGCAUGUCACAGCCUCAGCUUGGAGGUUCGGGAGGAAUGCGAAAGUCUAUGAGACAGAAUGGUUCUUCUCAAGCCGGCGGUCCUCAGCAACGGGUCAACGCGCCUGUGGGCAAUCGUCCUCUUUCGCUCCAAGGGCCACCAUCAACCCGUGAAGCGCAAGAACGACGUUCCAAGCACAACUCGGUUGAUGCCUCGAUGACAAGCACCGAGAUGGCGAAGGCCUUGCAAGCAAAUUUGAGUCGACGGAAUUCGGACUCAAGCGAAACCAGUUUCAGACGCACGCGUCCUCGCCGCGAAGGAUUUGGAUUUAGAAAGUCCAUGAGAGCCGGUGCCGCUCCCGAGCCAUCCGCGGCCGGCCGGAAUUCUCGCUUCAGCCUUCGAUCUCCUUCGCCUCCGGGAUCGCCCAUGUCGCCACCUGUCGCCAUGGGCACGAGAAUGACAAUGCGAACCAUGCGCAGAGAUUCUAGUGAUAGCAGCACACGUCGUAUGCGUCUGCCCUCUUUUGGGAAAUCCUCUACCAAAAAGACCAGCAAACCCGGCAACAAGAGUCGUUUCGGAGACUCCAGCGACGAGGAAGACGCCAAGCCGACUGGUUUCCGUAGCCGCUUCGCUGACUCUAGCGACGAGGAAGACGCGCCGGUCCGCGAACCUACGACUCAAAGCGCACCUAAGACUAGGCGAGCCUCGAGCUCCGCUGCUGCUGCAGCGAUGAAUAUGCCGCCCCCACGCUACGAUGAGAAGGGUGAAGAAUCGCCAGACCUUCCGGACAGCAGUGAUGAUGAGGCAGGACCGCCUCCACCUGUGCUGCAGAAGCCGUCAUCUCCGAGAAAAGUUUCAGGCGGCCGUCUUAUCAAGUCUCAAUCCGACUGCCACGAACUGCAACGAUCCGGUUCUGGUCGCGGCGCGGUUCUGGAGUCUUCUAUGACUCCCGCUAUGGGAACUCAAAUCAUGUCGCGACCCUCCCAACAGCGCAGAGGCAGCUUUCUUUCUGUCCUUCGUCGGAAGAAGGACAACGACAUGGGCAAGAUCUCCCGCCCCUCGCAGACCGAAAGCGCAGCGAGAAUGGACACCAAGCUUGAGCGCAGCCCGGACGAGGUCGCGGCUCUCCGCAGCAACACCAUAUCCCCGAGGCUCAAGCAGCAGAUGGAAAACUGGCCCCUCGUUGAGGAGACGAUCGACGACGAAAAGCGGCCCACCACGUCGGACGGUAGCAACCGGAUGGAUGCGUCGCGUCCCUCCUUCGUCCAGCGCCGCAGUACCAACCAGGUCCUCACCUCGGGCCGCCAUGGCAGUCUGGAUAGCACCCAGCUCGACGCCACUGGCAAGAAGAAGAAGAAGUUUGGCACUCUCAGACGCAUGUUCAAACUGCAUGACUAG